AUGGCCGUAACCAAAGGCAAUAAAAAGCCUCAUGUUUUGGCCGUGCCGUUUCCGGCCCAAGGCCACGUGAAGCCGCUCAUGAAAUUGGCUCGCCAAAUCGCCAAACACGGCAUUAAGGUCACGUUCGUUAACAUCGAAUGCGUCCAUCGCCAAAUCCUCUCUUCCUCCCGGGCCGAGGCCGAGGCCGAGGACGAGGAUAUGCAAAACUUGGUGAUGACCUCCGUGAGCGACGGGCGGGGCCCGGGCGAGGAGCACGACGUGUUCAAGCUGCUCGACACGCUGAGAAACUCGAUGCCUCGAUCGCUGACGGAGCUGAUCGAGACCAUCAACGCUUCCACGCCCGAUGAGAGGAUCACUUGCGUGAUUGCGGAUAUCACUAUGGCUUAUCUUUCGCGGACCGCGGAGAGUAUGGGGGCGGAAUUCGUCGUUUUCUCGCCCCCCUCGGCCGCGGCCGUCGGCAUACUCGGGCUGAUUCCUAAGCUCCUCGAGGAAGGAAGUAUGGAUCAAGAUGGAAGUGUGACAAAUGGAGUGAUAACAAGCCUCUCCAAAGACAUACCAGAGUGGAAGAAAGAUGAAUAUUCAUGGAGUUUCGCAAUCGACCUAAAAACUCAGAAGAUCUUCUUCGAAUGUUCUCGAAGGAUCGUCAGAGAAGUAUCCGAGGCCAGGCUACUGAUAAGCAACACUUGCUACGAGCUCGAGACCGCAGCUUGCGAUCUCACCCCCAACCUCCUCCCGGUCGGGCCGCUGACCUUAGUCAACCCGGACGGCCCGAAGCCCGGCCCGAAAUCAUGCAGCUUCCACCCUCAGGACCUGUCCUGCCUAACCUGGCUGGAUGGCAAGGCAGAUGGAUCGGUCAUCUACGUCUCGUUCGGCAGCCUGGCCGUUUUCUCCCAGCAGCAGCUCGACGAGCUCGCAUUCGGGCUCGAGAUGUCGGGCCGGGCUUUCCUGUGGGUCGUGCGGGCGGACCUCGCGAACGGGUCGCGGGCCGUGCUCCCGGACGGGCUUGCGGGGGAGAAUGGGAAGAUCGUUGAGUGGGCCCCGCAGGAGGAGGUUCUGUCGCAUCGCUCGGUCGGGUGCUUUCUGUCGCACUGUGGGUGGAAUUCGACUCUGGAGGGGCUGAGCAGGGGCGUGCCGUUUCUAUGUUGGCCUUAUUUUUCGGACCAGUUUCAUAACCAGAAGUAUAUAUGUGAUAAAUGGGAGAUUGGAUUGAGGAUUGAUCAUGAUGAGAAUGGGAUUAGGUCUAGGCAUGAAAUUAGGGAGAAAAUUGAUUUGGUUUUUUGUGAUGAUCGUUUUAGGAAAAAUGCAUCGAGGCUUAAGGAGGUUACUAGGGAGAGUGUUGGUGAAGGGGGCUCUUCUUACAAGAAUUUGAAGAAAUUCAUUGAUCAUCUUAGGAAAAUAUGUUGAAGCAGUCUUAUCAGUGUGAUAAAGACCAGACAG